CCAAGAGUGAGAAUAAGUGACUUUCAACAUCGCCUUCUCAUGCAAUUGUUUAUAUAUAGCUUCUUUUUAUUCUCAAUCUCAAGUACUGAUAUUAACAUUUCUUAUGAAUACCAUAAAGAAUAAUGACGAACAAAACCCAGAUGCUCAUCAAAAAGGGUGGCUGAAUCUAAGCCUAGCACCAUAUCUAGGAGAAUCUUGUUCAAACUCAAGACGCACAACCUCGGUGAAGGUAUAUACAUGCAGCUUUUGCAGGAGAAAGUUCUACAGCUCACAAGCAUUAGGAGGUCAUCAAAAUGCGCACAGAAAAGAGAGAGAUGCAGCUAAAAGAUACCAUUCUCCAAAGACGAUGAAUGCGUUUGAUCAAUCACUCAAGGUGCAUUCCUUUGGUCAAAAACCAGGAGGAGAUGGAGAAACAGCUUUCGCAAGGUUUACUGACAAUGGGGCUCGAUAUGGAGUUGCUUGGGAAGCCCCGUAUGCUGGGGAGGAAGAAGGAAACAUGACGUGGCCUGGAAGUUUUUAUUUGAAUCCACAACCAGCUUCUCGGAAAUCAGAUCCAUAUAGGCUCGACUUGAAUCUCAAGCUGUAACUGGCAGCAUAUAGUUUCUCCUCAAAGUUUAAAUCCCCCACCUUGGUAAUUUACCUACGAAAUUUCAAGUAAAAGAUAGAUCUUUCAAUAAGUUAAGAAUGCAUCAGUUUGGAAUGAGGUGAGGCAGAAUUUCAAAAAGGCCUUUCUAUGUAAUUUACAAAUGCCUUAAAAACCUAUAUAUAUAGUUGCCUCUC